AUGGCCAGCCCGGCGAGUUCCCCCCCGGCCCCGGCCGUCAUCAAAAAGCUCUUCAUCUCAGCCGCUCUGACAGAAUCUGGGUCGGCCCUGCCGGCGGCGUCGCCAGGCCUGAGCCAGGCCGGCCGCCGGCCCCCCUCCCCCGGUGCGGCAGGUAAUACCCACUUCUGGAUCCAGGGAGACGUUGUGGCCAAGCCCAGCGCCACGUCCCUGGUCCUGGACGAUGGGACAGCUUGCAUCCUGGCGCGCCCGGCCCAGUCGGGUGACUUACUUCUCGGUGUAUUGGGCCGGCUGCAGGUCGGUGACGUGGUCCAGCUGAUCGGGAAGACCGGGCCCUUGGAGAACCCCGAGCCCGGAUCCCAGGCCUGGGGCUUUCACGCGCUAAAGGCCAUCGUCGUCACACGCCGGCCACUGGAGGAGAUAUCCUUUGUCAUGAGCUGCCUAGCCGACACGAAGCGGCACAUCAAGAAUGAGCUCUAG